AGAUUUAACUGAUGACCUAACCUUAUAUUUGCGUACUCCAUUCAGGAAGUACAUAAAAAUAUGUGUCAGAUAAAUGUCAAAAAAAUAUAUUCAGUUAUUUAACUUAAAAAAGUUCAUGGAUUUUAAAGCGUGGUCAAGUAUUUUUUUGCUGAAUUAUAUUCGGUGAUUUUUGUUGUCAUUUAAUUAUCAUGUCGACAACUAUAGACGACAAAGUAGUAGCAGGUGCAAAAAGUACCAAUGAAGUCAAGGAAGAUCCUAUUGUAGUAUUGACAAAAAGAGUUGACUCACUGUACCACUUUCGUGAUCAUUAUUUUGAAAGUCAUUCAAUAGAAAAUGCAAUUAAUAAAAAAGUGGAUAUAGAAAAAGAAAUGAAGGAUACGAUAGCGAAAUUCGAUGAAUAUAAGGGAUAUGAAAUAGAUGGAUCCAGAGCUAUGUACUACUAUUUAAAAGGAAAAGCUUUUAAUGUUGUUGAUCGUUUUAUUCCUCAGGCUGAAGAAUUAUUGAGUAAGGCUGUUAAAUUAGAACCAAAAUUAGUUGAUGCCUGGAAUGAGUUAGGAGAAUGCUACUGGAAAAAAGAUGAUGUUAAGCAAGCGAAAAACUGCUUUAUUGGAGCUUUACCUCAUGGUAGAAAUAAAACUUCAUUGAGAAAUUUAUCAAUGGUUUUGAGACAAGAACCUGCAGAAAGUCAUCGGCAAAAGAUUGAAAAUAUAAGACAGGGGGUAGAAUAUGCAAAAGAAGCUGUUGCUUUAGAUACUAUUGAUGGACAAUCUUGGACUAUUUUAGGAAAUGCAUAUUUAUCAUCAUUUUUUACUAUAUCACAAAAUCCUGUAACUUUAAGACUUUGUAUGUCUGCUUAUACUCAAGCAGAAAAGGACGUUGUAGCUAAUAGUAAACCGUAUUUAUUCUUCAACAAAGCAACCGCAUUAAAAUAUCAAGAAGAAUAUAAAUUAGCAUUAGAAGCAUUUGAACGUGCAAGAUCUCUAGAUCCAACCUGGGAUGUACCUCGACAAAAAUGGGAAGAAUUACUUAAGUACCUUAAAGAUGUACAAAAUUUAAUAGCAAGUAAAGGACGUUUGAAAACAAAAAGACUGUAUCAAAUGAUCCAGAGCUUGGAUAAAAAAUAUAUGGGCCCUUACAAAAAUGGAUCAUAUACAUCCGGCAACAAGUCAAUUAAAUUAGAAUUAGUUCCACUAAAAGAUUUAAAAGAAGGGUUAAAUAUUGAACAAGUUAUAUUUGGAAAAGUCGUAUGCUGGAUUCAAACGACAGAUGCGGUACCAUUCACGUUCUGUAUGGUUGAUAAAGAUAGUACUUGUUUAGCCGUAACUGUUUAUAAUUUAGCAGAAGGCCGUGGUGUCACCGUUGGUGAUUCAGUUGCCAUUCCAGAACCUUUUUUAACACGUCAAAAGUUCACAUAUUCAGGCAAUGAGUUUGACUUCAAAUCUAUUCGUGUUGAGACCCCAAUUGUGUUAGUAUUAAAUGGUAAAAAACUGGGUCGAGAUCAACAAGCAAGUGCAAAAUUAUCAAGUUAUAAACGGACUGAUUAACCUUUUAUGAUGUGUAAAACUUUUUUCGAUGAUUUAGGUAUGUCAUAUUGUUGCAGCUUGACUGGAAAAUCCAUUUUAACAAUAAGUAUUUGCUUGUAUUUGAGGAGCAUCUUAACAAUAUGUCAAUUCAUUAAUUAUUUCUAUAGUUUAAAUCAUAAUUAAUGGUGCCAAUAAGUUUUU